UGAUCUUUAUGGAAGAGCAUUGCCAAUAGGAAGGAAUGUUCUGUAGCAGCAAGUUCACCAUGCCCAGUGCCAAGCAACUGCUGAAAAGGCUGUUUUUCAGAUACUGCAGUGUUAAGCAGGUGAAUCACACAAUGGUUCUGCCCACUGAGCUGAGAUUCUUUGGUCUGUGGACGCUUUGGUGGUGCUGUUUGGUUACAGGAUCUAGAGGAUGUCAAAUGCAGUACGUUGGCAGAAGCAACAAAACCACUGAUCUGCAGUCUGAUGUUCUGCUGCCAUGUAACUUUGAAGUGACCCUCCUCGGAUCAAACAAGACUGCAGAUAUAGCAGCAGUGUGGAGUCAGACGACUAUACCAGCAGAUAAUCUAGUGGAGAUCAGUCUGCAGGAUGGAGUAAUGUUCUGGAAUAACAGAGAUAAACGUAUAAAGACGUUCACCAAGCUCUCAGAAUCUGGAAACUUCUCCAUCCUCCUCUGUAAUGUACAGCAGUCUGAUCUGGGUCUCUACCGCUGUGAGCUUCAUGAGGGAAUCAACUGCAUGAUCGCCUAUCAGGAGGUGCAGCUUGGUCUUGCUGCUGUUUCUGAAUAUCAGAAAUAUGUCAUAGCAGGAGGAUCAGGAGGAGCAGUAGCACUACUUCUAUCCACAGCAUGUGUUUGCUGCAUAGCGAGUAAACGACCUGCAACUGAUUUCUCGGUGUACACCACUGUCAGCUACACAGUGCUGGACAACUAUUACAGAGAUGGACCUGCAACUGAUUACUCGGUGUACACCACUGUCAGCUACACAGUGCUGGACAACUAUUACAGAGAUGGAAUGGCCUGAUCUAUAUCACUACUGGCAGAUUGGAAGAGGAGACGUGAUGAAAUCUCUGGUGUUUUUUUUUUUUUUUUUU